UAACUCUAAUUUUAAAACGAAGCAAGAUGUCAUCUAAGGAAUUGCAAGUUUUGAAAGAAGAGGAAAAAACGCUGAUAAAUUUACACACAAAGCUCAGUGAUCAGCUCAACAGACUUAAGGUUGAAGAACUAGCCUUAAUAACCAUGAUACGUCUUGAAACGGGUGGGAAUACCAGCACCGAAACGGAAAUGUCCACCUCAAAUCAAGGAGUUGUCACGGAGAAGGAAAAUAAACAAGAAGAAUUACAGUUGUCUGUUGCAGCUGAGCGCAUAUUUGAAUCAGAGGAAAUGGAGGAAGAGGAGGAGGAAGAAGAUGAGGAAGAUUCAGAGGACGAUGGAGCGAAACAGCUGAUGUCUUUUCUGGAAGAACUUACAUCAAAGAAAACGUGAUUACAAACUACAGCACCAUGAUGAUGGAAGAAAAUGUAAUAAUGAAGUGCAGCCUGAUAAUGAAAUGCAACAUUAUAAUGAAGUGCAACAUAAUGAAGUGCAGUGUCAUAAUGAAGUGCAGCCUGAUAAUGAAUAUGAAGUGCAACAUCAAUAAUGAAGUGCAACAUCAAUAAUGAAGUGCAAAAUCAUGUGAAGUGCAACAUCAUGGUACAACAUCAUGAUGUGAAGUGCAAAAUCAUGGUGCAACAUCAUGAUGUGAAGUGCAAAAUCAAGAUGUGAAGUGCAACAUCAUGAUGUGAAGUCAAACAUACUGUGAAGUAUGACAUCAUGAUACUGAAGUAAAACAUCAUGAUUAUAAAUUGAAACAUGACAGUGAAGUUCAACACUAUGAUAAGGAAGUGCACAUAAUGAUAAGGACGAGCAGCAUCAUGACAAUGAAGUGCAUAGUUCACAUUAUGGAUACUUUAAUAAAAUUAACAGAAACAACAUGUUGGUGUCAAUCAUAUUUUCGUUUCAUCGUUAAAAGUCAUGUCAUUCAGAACUACAGAAAGUAUUAGUCUAUGUGUCAAAUCUUGAGUGAAAAUUCUAAUAGAUGAGUUAAUAAUAUAUUCACCAGUCAGGCAGACUACUUUUGUUUCUUUUUUUCCAAGGAAAAUAAAGUAUUUAUUUUUA